UAUACAUCAAUUUGAGUUUAUGGUUCUUAAGUUCAUCAAAUGGAAGAAGUAAAGCUCCAUGGAACUUCUUAUAAUUUGUUCACUUAUAGGGUUAUUUGGGCUCUAAAGCUAAAGGGAAUACCUUUUGACUACAUAGAAGAGGAACAUUCUGAUAAAUGUCCUUUAGUUUUGAAAUAUAAUCCAGCUUUUAAGAGAUUUCCAGUGCUUUUUCAUGGUAAAAAAGCACUUUCUGAAUCCAUGGUUAUUCUUGAAUAUAUUGAAGAUACUUGGCCUCAAAAUCCACUUCUUCCCAUUGAUCCCAUUGAUAGAGCUAUGUCAAGAUUUUGGGUUAAAUUUGCUGGAGAUAAGGGACAUUGUAUUGGGACAAUGUACUACACAAGUGGAGAAAAGCAAGAAAAGGCCAUCAAAGAAACAAUAGAAAUGCUUACAAUUAUAGAGGAACAAGCUUUUGUUGGAGAAAAGAAAUUUUUUGGUGGUGAAAAAAUUGGAAUUUUGGACAUUGCUUUUGGUAUAAUUCCUCAUUGGCUUGAAGUAAUUGAAGAUAUUGUGGGAGUGAAAUUGUUGAAACCUCACUCAUUUCCUCGUUUGCUCAAUUGGGUUCAGAAUUUCAAAGAAGAAACAGUCAUUAAAGAGAAUCUCCCUAAUCGUGAUGACAUGUUUGUGUUUUUAAAAAAUCAAAGAGAGAUGCUAUUGUCAUCUUCUUGAGCUUUUACUUUGUUUACUUCUGUUUGAUAACUAUUGUAAAUACUUCUUUUUACUUC